AUGCACGUGCAGAAGUUGGCCGUGCGAAGGUUGGACCCAAAGUUGGAGGCAGCAAGCCAGGCCGCCCAAAUGGGACACGCCUUCAAAUUUAAGGCCGUUGAAAUUGUGGGUCCCGGUGGUGAUCAUACGGCAAGGCAGGUGCAAGAAGCCUGGAAGACUACUGGCUUUUCUGUCAACCGCCACAUCAAUUUGCCUGCCACCUAUCGGGUUUUGCGGACAUUCUUGACGGGCGACAGUCACGGCGCGGAACAAUCGGGGUCGUCAGUUAUCGCCGCGGCCGACGAAAAUGGGCGGGAUUGA